AUGUUCCCGGUCCUGUUCCUGCUGGGCUGGUUCCUGUGGUCCUUCAUCGAGUACUGCAUCCACCGCUUCGUGUUCCACAUGAAGCCGCCGGCCCACAACUACUACCUCAUCACGCUGCACUUCCUGCUGCACGGCCAGCACCACAAGUCUCCGUUCGACGGCUCCCGGCUGGUUUUCCCGCCCGGCCUGGCCUCCAUCGUGGUGGUGGCGUUCUACCUGGUCCUGCAGAAGACGCUGCCGGAGGUUUUGGGCACGUCGGUGUUCGUGGGGGGGCUCUGCGGCUACGUGGUCUACGACAUGAUCCACUACUACCUGCACUACGGCUCCCCCAAGAGGGGCUCCUACCUGUACAGCCUGAAGGCCUACCACGUCAAGCACCACUUCGAGCACCAGAGAUCAGGUCAGACGCCCCACAAACAACACAGAGAGCCCCCAAACGGCCAGAAAAGGGUAAAAAGAACCAGAAUAAAAGCAGGAAAACGACAAAAAGAGACACUGAUCCGCUGGUUUCCUCUAAUGAGGAUCAAAUUUAAGGUUCAGAAAAUAAAAUAA